AUGGAAACAUCCGUCAAGCCCACCUCCACCCUCGUAUUCGACAAAGACCUCGACCUCAAAGUCGACGUCUACCUCCCCCCUUCCAUCGUCGAUGGCCAGCCCGAGUCUGGCGAGGAGGUUCUCAAGAGGCAAGACGAGCUCAAGAAACUUCCCGCCGUCGUCUACUUUCAUCAUGGCGGUAUGGUCUCGGGCGACAGAGCUGGUAUCUUCCCUCCCGACCUGCCUGAACGUCUGACGUCAAAGGGCAUCAUCCUCUUCUCCCCCGACUACCGCCUCCUCCACCCCUCGAACGCGUCCGACCUGCUCACCGACAUGCACAACUUCUUCUCCUACCUCUCCCCCUACUCCAAGCCCAAAGCCCUCAUCUCCCUCCUCUCCGCCUCUGGCUUUGCCCUCGACGCCUCGCGCCUCGUCGUCUUGGGGGCUAGCGGUGGAAACUAUGCCGCCCGGGGCGCUGCUGUGAUGCCCACCGUUAGCCCGAGGCCUAUUGGGUGGGUGAGCGCCUUUGGGCAGGGGAACGACUGGCUUAUCGACGACUGGCUCAAGCCCAAAGAUAUCCAGACCGCCUUCCCGCCCUCGCACUUUGCCUACGACGACGCCAAGGCCGAAGAGCUUCUCAAACUCGAAGAGAAGGACUUUAGCGUCGCCGACAAGUUUACGUUGAUCGACGGCAAGUUUGCGACAGAGAAGGGGAGGUCGAAUUUGCAGAGGAUCUGGCAGCGCGACGGGGUUUAUCUCGACCACCUCCUCUGCGCACCGGGCCUGUCUGAAUCGCUGUCUUCGAUCCCGUACCCCUCCCGCCUCUCCCGCCUCUCAUCCCUCGACGCGCGCUACCCGCACCUCCUCCUCCCGCUCUCCCCCUCCGUCCCGCCCAACGUCUACAUCGUCCACGGCGCCGACGACAAGAUCAUCUCGGUGCAAGAGUCCAAGAGUCUCGAGAAGGCGUUGGGACGGCUGGGAGUGGGCAAGGGGGGGAGGAAGAGGGAGGUGGAGGUGGAUUAUGUGGAGGGGGCGGGGCAUGGGUUGAGUGCGGAGGGGAAAAAGUUGGGAGAGUAUGCGGAGGGGUAUGAUAAGGCGAUGGACAAGUUGACCGAGUGGAUCGUGAAAGUGUUGGCGUAG